AUGGCUAAUGCUGGAUUUCGUUUAUAUGCAUAUUCUUGCAUCUAAAAUUGUUUUUUAUGUUAAUUUGGAAUUAGCUUGAAUGCAAUCCUUUAUAUAAAUUAUCAUCUAAUUAAAGAAUUUUCAUUAGAAUUGAUUAUGACUAGAAUGGAUAAAACUUUAAUAAUUGCUAUCAUAUCUGUUAACAGAAAAAUAUAUGAAUCACCAUAAGCAGUGGAAGGAAGCUAAGAAGAGGAGGAAGUCUUAAUAAUGAAUGCUUGUCUCUUUGUUUACAAUGUGCAGAUUAGCAUUCUUGUUUAUAAUGGAAAGUUAAUUUUAAAUUACAAAAUAAAUAAUGCUUACAAAUUUGUGAUGAAUGAUGUCAUUAUUUAAAAUAUGAGGAAUGUGAAAAUGGAAAUAAUGAUCCAUAAGAUGAGUUUUAUUAAUGUCAAUUGCAAAAUUUCAUUUGGGAUGUAUAAAUUAUGAAAUAGGUAAUAUUUCUACGAAAAUGUGAUAAUUUAAAUAUUUCAAAUAAUGAAACUGGAAAAUGUGUAGAAGGAAAUAUUAACGAUGAUAAUUAAUUUACUUAGGAGAAUAAUAAAACCCAACUUGAUUUUAGGAAUAUAAAAUCAAUCUCAGCUGGUAAUUAAUGUGGCAAUGGUAGACUUAAUAAUAAUUACGAAUUAUGUGAUGAAGGGAAUAAAGUUGGAGUUGAUGGAUGUUCAAGCAUGUGCUUAAUUGAAGAUAUCUGAAACUAUAAAAAUAAUUCUCUCAAACCAAUGCUUUCCAAAUACAUUAUUGUAAUUAACUUAUUUAAAUCAUAAAAAUUCUUAAUAAUAUAUUGAAUUAUCUUUUAUUAAUUACCUUUUAUUGAUUGCUUUCAUAUUAAAUUAUCAACCAAAGAUUAGAGUGUCUCCAUUAAAGAAGUUUACAUAGAUAAUAAUUUCCUUUUUAUUAUAGUUGUGA